AUGAAACAAAUAAUGCGAUCGUAUCGGAUAUUGUGGAAUUUACAACAGCAGAGGAAUAUGCUUAUCUUUACAUCAGAUACCAUUAUUCCUGCACUAACAUUACCAACUACUAAUGUACCAUUAAGGCGGUCACUUCAAUCAGUACGAUAUUUCUCACAACAAGGACAGCAACAAUCAAGGCCUAGAAAUUUUUUGAAAAAUUUACUGGAUAAUAUACGAGAAGAAUUUGAAAAAAAUAAGGAAUUGCAGGAAAAUAAGCGGCAAUUGGAUGAAAGAUUGAAAAGUUUAAAUGACAGCGAAGCUCUAAAAGAAGCCAGGAGGAAAUUUGAAUUAAUCGAAAAAGAAACUUUGAAAAGUUCGCAAGUUAUCCAAAACAAGGUCAGUGAAGUCCGUGACCACAUAUCAAAGAUGGUAAUGGAAGUGCAGAAAACAGAAGCAGGGAAAAAGCUUUCCUUGGCUGCAGACGAAGUAUUGAAACAGGCGAAGAUUGCUGCAGAAAUGAUCGAGAAAGCAGCAGAACAAGUUGGCGACAACCAAUUGUAUCAGAGCGUUAGUUCGUCAGUGAAAGUGAUCAAGGACGAAGUUGAUAGUAUUGUCGAUGUACGGAUGUAUACUCGGCCAGAUCAGUUAAGAAUGCGCUCUGCAUCUUUUUCUACUUAUACUGAUCGGACUGUAGAAGCUAAUCCAAGUGCAACUGGUGUAGAGCUUCAUAAGGAAUCGAAAUGGUAUGCCGGAUGGAAAACUUUCUCCGAAAAUAAUGCCUAUUAUAACAAAAUUUUGGACUGGAAAAUGCGUCUGGAUGAAAGUGAUAAUUUGGCGUUAAGAAUGGUGCGGAGCUUUACUGACAAAGUUUCUUCACUACUCGGUGGCCAGAGUGAAAUAUCAGAAGCCUAUAAUAUUUUAUCAACAAUUGUCAAUGAGUAUAAAAAGGUCAACUUUAAUACAGCAGACAGUCGCGUCAUUGAUAUCGAUAGGGUCGAGAUGGUUACUGGUAAAAUGAUGGAACACGGGCCAGUGAUAAUAAUUACAUUUCAAGCUUAUAUGGUAAAUGUUGUAAGAAAUAUGGAGGGGAAAGUUGUCGAAGGUGAUCCGAAAAGUCCAGUGCGUGUUCAUCAUGUAUGGGUAAUGUGUCGCGAUAUGGAGGAGUAUAAUCCAGCGGUGGCAUGGAAAGUGCUUGAGGUACAUAUGCAGAAGGGUAAUCUGGCUGUGUAAUAUAAUUUUUUCUUUUUUGUUUUGAUCUCUCACUUUGAGAUAUUUUUCAUUUUCAUCUGCUGAAUUUACCAACGAGAUUCUAAAUUCCUGUUUCACGUUACACAUACACGUACAUGUGUUACAUAUCAUAGAGCAAUGCAAUUGUGCCACUGUUUUUUAUAUCAGAGCGAAGGAAUAGUUUCUAC